UUCUUUUUAAUGAUCAAAGGCAGCACGCUCUUUAAUCAUUUUCUUUGUAGAAAUCAAGAGUUUUUUGCAAUGGGAAGAAAACCUUGCUGUGAUAAAGUUGGAUUGAACAGAGGUCCAUGGACCAUUGAAGAAGAUCAAAAGCUCAUGAACUUCAUCCUCAGCAAUGGGAUUCAAUGCUGGCGACUUGUCCCAAAACUUGCAGGCUUGUUAAGAUGUGGAAAGAGUUGCAGAUUGAGAUGGAUGAAUUAUCUGAGGCCUGAUCUCAAGAGAGGUGCAUUGACAGAAGCAGAAGAAGAUCAAAUAAUCGAACUUCAUUCUCGUUUGGGCAACAGGUGGUCCAAGAUUGCAGCACAUUUCCCAGGUCGUACAGAUAAUGAGAUAAAAAACCAGUGGAAUACCAAAAUCAAGAAGAAGCUGAAGCUCCUUGGUAUAGAUCCCAAAACCCACAAGCCUGUUGAGAAAGAGAAGGAUUUUGCAUCAGAAGAAGCCAGGCAGCAACCUGCAGAAACCUCCAGGGAAGAGUUGAAAUUCCAGGAUAAUAAUCCAGGCUUCAUGGGUAAUAAUCAGAUAGAAAAUAAUCAGGUUGAUCAGUGUUGCUCUCCAGGACAGGAAUCUAAUUUAGUCCAGAAAAGUGAAACCAUGAUUACAGACAUAGAUGCUGCUCAAUCAGAAUCAUUUUCUUCAACAAGCAUGCAAGAAGGUUCUCAUCAGCACUGGAUUGAUAACUUAGAGGACUAUUUGCUUUCAUGGGAUUGGUUUAGUAAUCUGGAAGAGAUUUUUCCUCUGGACACUCACCAAUGAUAUUGUGGAUUUUUUUCUAAGCACUUGUUUGGUAUGCUUUUCUUCUGAGAAAAGAAUUAAAUUGUAUAAUAGAACUCAGUUUAUUUCUAGAAAAAACUUAUUUGUUUAGA